AAACAGAUGUUCUGUUUAUUUGAGAAGCUUUUAGUCUGUCUUGUGAAAAUGGAUUUGUUCUCUGGGUUUUGAGGUUGUUGUUGAGGGGUUUUUAUCUGCUUUUAACAUUCUAAUGAAUGCUCAGGUGCCUUUUGUUUGACACCUAGUUCAUCUAAGCCUUUUCUACUCCAUUUUUCUUUCACACUCUGGCCUGUGGUCAGGAAAUAUUUGAAAACAGGUUGUUUGCACCCUUGCUUUAAUUUUAUAAAGGAGUGUAUUAGAUGUGUAGGCUGAGUUACUUUCUCACAGAAAAUGUCUUGGCCACUUGACAGCACUUAGUUCAGGACUCUGUAAUGCACAUACGUCACUUUAAGAGGGAGACUUUCCAAAUGCGCUAGGAAGAAAAUCUGUGGAGCUUUCUGAUGCUGCGGAUUCAGGCAGAAGAGUGAGAACUGGGCUCGUUCCUCGCUCUGCCAUACGAAACAUGAACGUAGUGGUGUUCUUGGCCGUUUCCAGCUCAGUGUCAGGGGCAUUCGGAAUUGCUGUUGCUAGAGACAGAUGUUGAGUUCAGUAGCAAGGGAGAGGCACUUCCCAUGACUUGCCAAGAAAGCAUACAAGUUAAUACUGGAUUUUUAUUUUUUAAUUUUUUUUUUUUUUAAUGGCAUGGGGUCUCCUUUGCAUUCCUCAUCUAUGAUGCCAUACGCAGACUCUCCCCAUUACUGGACUUUGGCCAGAUCCUCAGCGCUGCUGUAAUCCCCUGCUGAAAGUGAUCAGUACCAGGUGGCUGCGGCAGUUUGGGCUUUGCCAGAGCAUUUCUGUUUUCAGAUUUCAGAUGCAUGCCAGGUUCCCGCUGAAUGCCAGCAGCAGAGAUCACUACAGAUGGAGCCCCAAAGUCAGCACGGCAGCGGCGGCUCCCUGGUGGUGAUUCAGCAGCCCUCCCUGGACAGCCGGCAGCGCUUGGACUAUGACAGGGACAGCCAGCCCACGACCAUCUUGUCACUGGACCAGAUCAAGGCCAUCAGGGGCAGCAACGAAUACACCGAGGGGCCAUCGGUGGUGAAAAAGUCGGGUCCGCGGACGGCGCCGAGGCAGGAGAAGCAUGAGAGGACUCAUGAGAUUAUACCAAUUAAUGUGAAUAAUAACUACGAGCACAGGCCCGGCCACGCGGGGCACGUGGCGCAUCAGCAUAACGCCAGGGCUCCCGUCCUGAGCCGAUCGACCAGCACGGGCAGCGCGGCCAGCUCCGGCAGCAACAGCAGCGCCUCCUCGGAGCAAGGGCUGCUGGGGCGCUCGCCGCCCUCCCGGCCGGGCUCCGGCCACAGAUCCGACCGGACGAUCCGGGCGCAGCCCAAGCAGUCGGCGCUGAUCGCGGACGAUCUGAAGGGGCCUUUGAAAGAGGACUUGACGCAGCACAAGUUCAUCUGCGAGCAGUGCGGGAAGUGCAAGUGCGGGGAGUGCACGGCGCCGCGGGCCCUGCCCUCCUGCCUGGCCUGCAACCGGCAGUGCCUCUGCUCGGCCGAGAGCAUGGUGGAGUACGGCACCUGCAUGUGCCUGGUCAAAGGGAUCUUCUACCACUGUUCCAACGACGAUGAAGGGGACUCGUACGCGGAUAAUCCCUGCUCCUGCUCCCAGUCACACUGCUGUUCUAGGUACCUGUGCAUGGGAGCCAUGUCCUUGUUCCUGCCUUGCUUGCUCUGCUACCCUCCGGCCAAAGGAUGCCUAAAACUCUGCCGGGGGUGCUACGACCGCGUCAAUCGUCCGGGGUGCCGGUGCAAGAACUCCAACACGGUCUAUUGUAAACUGGAGAGCUGCCCCUCCCGGGGUCAGGGCAAGCCCUCAUGAUUUUGGGAGGGAGGUUUACUUCCUCCAACUUCAGUUUUUCAGGUUGUAGCUGAUUUUUUUUCCCCCUCCCCCCAUCUUUUAUUCUUCCUCUACUCCUCUCCCAUUUUGGGAGGACUGUUGCUUUCCUUUCCUUUCUGUCUGCCCAACAUCAGACACAUGCAUUCAUCCCCUUGCAUCUUUGCUCUUCUCCUACUGACUUGGCUGAGUGUGGAGCGUUUCACGCAGUCGCUGCUGUUCUUUGGUAAGUGUGGACCUGGGUUCUGCACCUGCCACUCGUUCAGGCAGGGUCUUUGAGUUUGUAACUGAACCACUCCUGAAAGAGACAGUGAGGGCUCACUGGGCUCUUGAAGCUUCUUGCUCUGUGAAUAUCUUCCCAAAGAUUUUUUUUUUUUCUGUGUUUUUUUGGGUUUUUUUGGUGGGUUUUUUUUUUUU